AUGUUGGACAAAGACCCACGAAUCCUAAAAACAUAUCACAAACCAGGCUACAACCCCAACAUAUACGGAUGCAGAGACGAUCAGAACUUUGUGACAAAGGCUGUUGGAGAAGAUGUAACUUUGACAUGUACCCGUCCGAACUCAACCCUGUACAAAGCAUCCUUAUUUUGGUUCAGACUUGUUUCUGGAAACUUUCCUGAAUUCUUGGGAGGAACAUUUUCCUUUGAUUAUGAUGGUGUUAAUGAGACUCCUCGUAUAACAGCAAAACAAGAGCCUGGAACCUUUCUUCUCCAUAUUACUAAAACAAGCCUAAGCGAUACUGGAGUUUACUACUGUAUAAAAGUAAACCGACUUGACAUGACAUUUAUGAAAGCAACCUUUCUAAGAAUUAAUGGACCAGAACCUGAUAUCACUGCCAUCAUUCAAGUCCCUCCAUCUGAUCCAGUCCAUCCAGGAGACUCAGAGACUCUGCAGUGUUCAGUCCUCUCUCACUCUGAGAACAAAACAUGUCAAGAACACAGUGUGUACUGGUUCAGAGUCGGAUCAGAGUCUCAUCCCAGUAUCAUUUACACUCAUAGAAACAGUGGUGAUGAAUGUGAGAAGAGUCCUGAGGCUCGAUCUCCUCAGAAAUGUAUCUACAACUUCUCUAAGAACAUCAGCUCCUCUGAUACUGGGACGUAUUACUGUGCUGUGGCCACAUGUGGAGAGAUAUUAUUUGGAAAUGGAACAAAACUGGACACUGAAGCACUCAGCAUGAAGGAUUUGCAGAAGGCCAAAACAGUUCUGUUUUUGUUGUGUGCAGCUUUGGCUAUAAGUCUGAUUGUUAUUGUCUUUCUGAUUUAUAUCAUCAAGAAAACACCUUCUGGUUGUUGCAACGCUGCCAGUGCUCUGCGAACAAAUGCUGCAAGAGCCAGUGGAGAUCAGCAAAGUCUACAGAGAGAUGAGGAACCAUUGGCUUAUUCUGCACCAACCUUUACCAAGAGGAAAACUGGCAGAGCAGAGAGAAGCAAUGUAAAAGCAUCAGAGGGAGAGACAAUCUACAAUGAUGUCAGGCCUUAUUUUUUGGAUUAACAAUCCACUGGAUAUGUGGGGAAAUAUACAGUACUUCACAUCAAUUUCACAUCUGAUAUUGGUGGCAAUAUUUUAAAUAACCUUGUUAAAUGUUAAAUGUAUCAUUUUGACACAUUUCUUUGUCCAGUCUGUUUGCAAUCAUUGUAUGACUUUUUGAAAAAUAUCCACAUUUAAUAGUUUUAAUAACAAUGUACAUAACAUAGUUAUAAUUCUUACUUUAAGUAUAAUAAAUAAUGCUAGCACUCAAACAGGGUUUUUGGAAGAUUUAACUUCAAAGAGAAAGAGUUCUUUUGUCUGACAUGCAGUUUUAAGGCUGUUAAUGUUUCCUAUGUGUCAAAGCAAUGCAAAAAUAAUUGUACAA